GGCGGGCAGAUGUAAGUUAAACUGAGUCGACGGUGAGAGAGGUGACAAUGAGGUCGAGCGGGAGAAUAUAUUUCCAGCAGCCGACCAGACUGUCACGGUGGACUCGGCAGAUGUGAAGAUCUUCCGGACUUGCCUCCGUCUCAUGGUUUGGAUCUUUACAUUACCAACCUUUUUAAAGAGCAGGCAGCAGUGAGGUGUAAAAGUCCAGCUUGAAGCUCAGCCUUGAAAGGCAACUGCCGGACUCUAAAUCUGCCCGUCAGCCUCUCAUGAGCAUCUGAUUAAAAGCCAGAAGGGGACGCACAGAGGAAUCAAGGAAGAUCCUCAACAGGGAAAUAUUCAUGUUUUUACUUGAGUCAUACUUUGAAUAGUUUUUAUCUGCACUCCUAUCCUUGUGCCUCAGGAAUAUUGUGAGCUUGUCAGUCCAUUUAUCAAGUGGGAAGUGAUUUCACUUGCCCCAGGGACGAGGCCACCUUUUACAACCAAACACCCUCACGGACCAGAAGAGCCGCACACUUGCAUCUCAUUCAUAGUUCGUCCACCCAACUUGAAAGAGUACUUUGGAUUGUUGGACAGUGACAAAUCCAGGAUGCAGGUCUCACUGGUGUGCACCGACCACCGCGGCGGGGUGAGUCGCACCACGGAGGACCGGCUCAACCGGCAAAACGCCAACAGCCCCGGCACAGGGACGCGAAGCAAGUUCCGAGCCGUGGCCAUGGUGGCUCGCAGUCUUGGGCAGCUUUCGGUUCAGAGUGUGCCGUGUUCCAGCGAACAAAGCAUGAGGACCGGCAUGAAGUAUAGAAACCUUGGGAAGUCGGGACUGCGCGUGUCCUGCCUUGGAUUAGGAACAUGGGUGACAUUUGGCGGGCAGAUAACAGAUGAGAUGGCAGAGCAGCUGAUGACUGUGGCGUAUGAAAAUGGCAUCAAUCUGUUUGACACAGCCGAGGUCUAUGCUGCUGGGAAGGCUGAGGUGGUGCUGGGGAACAUCAUAAAAAAGAAAGGAUGGAGACGCUCCAGUCUGGUGAUAACAACAAAGAUCUUUUGGGGAGGAAAAGCCGAGACUGAAAGAGGUUUAUCUCGAAAACAUAUUAUAGAAGGUUUAAAAGCUUCUCUGGAGCGACUGCAGUUAGACUACGUUGACGUAGUAUUUGCGAACAGACCGGACCCCAACACACCUAUGGAAGAAACGGUUCGCGCAAUGACCCAUGUGAUAAAUCAAGGGAUGGCCAUGUACUGGGGGACAUCCCGCUGGAGCCCCAUGGAGAUAAUGGAAGCAUAUUCUGUGGCACGACAAUUCAAUCAGAUCCCUCCCAUUUGCGAGCAGGCCGAGUAUCACAUGUUUCAGAGAGAAAAAGUGGAGGUGCAGCUACCCGAACUUUUCCAUAAAAUAGGUGUGGGGGCCAUGACGUGGUCACCGCUGGCCUGUGGGAUCAUCUCAGGGAAAUACGACGGAAGGGUGCCCCCGUACUCUCGGGCCUCUCUGAAGGGUUACCAGUGGUUGAAGGACAAGAUCUUGAGCGAGGAGGGUCGGCGUCAGCAGGCGAAGUUGAAAGAGCUGCAGGCGAUCGCGGAGCGGCUGGGCUGCACUCUGCCCCAACUCGCCAUCGCGUGGUGUCUUCGUAACGAGGGGGUGAGCUCUGUCCUUUUAGGGGCGUCCAACACCGACCAGCUCAUGGAGAACAUUGGAGCCAUUCAGGUUCUCCCGAAGCUGUCGUCGUCCAUCACACACGAGGUGGACAGCAUCCUGGGAAACAAGCCGUACAGUAAAAAAGACUACCGCUCUUAACGCCCGGUAGCCGCAGCGCAUCCCGCCUUUUUGCCUGAUCCUCCGUUUGCUUGAGCUUCUACUGAGCGAGACCCCCCAGCCCCUCCUAACCCUCCCUCAACCCUCCUGGUGCAUGAGUGUGGUCACACCAAAUGGCCACCGGGGGGCUCCCUCGCUCAAGCGUCUUGAGAGGUUUGCAAAUCAGACGUUCAAUAGGAAAACGAGUGAAAAACAUAAUAAUAAGCACACGCUGGCUUGGGUUGUUAGAUGUUACUUGGCCACGCGGAGCAAGUGGACGGUCAUACGUGUGUGUUAUCCUCCACGUCGUCUUUGUUUCUGUCGUUGUCCGACAAAAAUCUGCACUUUAGUAUGGUCGGUGUCGCCACCUUACCACAUUCUUAGCCCACACACAUUGCACUAGACAAGAAGAAGAAGUUGCCUCCUGGUAGGUCUCUCAUCCUGACGCCCUCCAUCAUUAUCAUUUAUUUUUUUUUUAUUUUAUUCUCAUGCACCACACUCCUGGUGCCUUUUUUUUUUUAAGCCCCCUGAGGCUCCUCCAUCAUUCUCAUAUGCAUCGUUUGCACCAGUUUAUAUGCCUUCGUCUUUAGAUUUAAGGUUAGCUAGAGGAAGCAGACCUGUUGACGCUUGUUCGCUAUCAGAAGGGGAUAAUAUGCUUUUUGUCUUUAGUUUUUAAUGUUAACUUUAGCUUUAACUUUUUUAGCUCUUUUUUUAAGCAGCCAUCACCAUAAACAUUAACGAGAAGAAGUGGCCAUGUUUGCCGUCAGAGGUUGUUAACAUGCCCCCAUCUUUCGUAUUGUUAGCUUUAACAUGAACUUUAGCUUUAGCUCUAGUAUUAAUGUUAGCUUUAAUAUUAGCUAGAGGAAGUAGCCAUGUUGGCUCUUGUUUCCAUCACAGGAUGUUAACAUGCCUACAUCUUUAGGUUUGAUGUUAGCUUUAGCGAUAACAUUUAGAUCAAGGAAGCAGCCGGCUUUAGCUUUAACGUUAGCUAGAGAAGCUGCCAUCUUGGCUCUUGUUUUGCAUCAGAGGUUAACAUGCCUGUGUGUUUAGCAUUAGCAUUAGCUGGAAAGAGCUGCAUCAGAGGGUGUUGGUACACCUGUUUCUUUAGCUUUAACGUAAGCUUGAAUGUUAGUUAAAGGAAACCGGUAUCUUGACGCACCGUCAGAGGGUGUUGACGCAUCUGUUUCUUUAGCUUGAAGUUAGCUAGAGGAAGCGGCCAUGUUUGGCCUUGUUUGGCAUCAGAGGGUGUUAAACGUGCCUGUGUCUUUAGCUUUAAUGUUAACGUUGGCUCCUGUUUGGCAUCAAAGGGUGGUGGCGUGCUUGUGUUUUUAACUUUAACCUUGCAACCAUGUUGGCUGACCGUCAAAGGAUGUUUGCACAUGUGUCUUCAGUGUUAGUAUUACCUAUAGAAAGUGACCGUCUUUGCUUUUGUUUUCUUGUCCUGAGAUUUUGUUUGAGUGUUUUGCCUUAUUGUGGCCCACCAGCGGGAUACAUCGGCUUAAGUCCACUGACAAGACGUUGUUUCCGCGUGUACAAUACAUAUCAUAAAAUGUAUUCAGAUUGCAAUGAUUUGUUUCCAAUACUGUACUUCAGAUCUCAAAAUGGGCCAAAAAUAUUAUCUCACGUCUAUUUUGACAUUUUUCCCAAUUUGAAAAAUUUACGAAAACCAUUGUACAACGUGUUCGCUAUGCAUGCAUAUGCAGUAUCGUGAAGAACAGGAGGAUGUCCAGUAGGGUACACUGGGGCCAUUUAAGAUCUAUCAUGCAUAUCUAGUUUUUAGUUACGUGUGUGACAUCGGCAUAAACAAGUUGCUACGGCAACAGUCUUUAUGAGGCAGGGAUUUUUUUAUUUUUUUUUUAUUUUUGUGGCAGCAGCUCAGGGAAGCCAGCAGAUGUUUUUUUUUUUAUUUUGGUGGUGGGGGGUCGUGUGCUGAAGCAUGAGUGUGUGAGGAGGAUUUUUUUUAAAAAUUCAAGCCUAAGAUACCUCUAACAAUGCCAGUGUUGAGGAAAAACAGGAAAUGGAAUUCAAAAAGGGUACAUGUGUCGCUGAUCCUGGCUGCCAAGUACUUUAUCACCAUUACAUUUUAAUAAAAACAAAAAACCCAAUUGCAUAUUGCAAAUUAAUGUUAACGAGCCGGGUGCAAUCUAGCAACUUCUCAGCGACUAUCUUCUUUCCAGUUGAGAAAAUCCAGCACAUGUCUGGUAAUGACAUUACACUGAAGUGCUGUGACCAAAAAUCCAAUUUUAUCCAAGACCCAAACUUAAUAAAAAAAAAAAAAUAAAUCAUCAUGCAUUACCACAAGAUGAACAUUUACAAUUGAUUCUGACUCUUGCUCUGACCCCCCCAAGCCCCACCCCCAAAAAACAAAACAAAUAAUGGACCCCCGAAGCAUGUGGGAAGCCCCAGUUCCGUUCAGCACAAGUGGAGCCUCAGUCAAGGCAUCUAUUAAUUUUGAGCAGAAAAGUGGAAGACUUGUGUGAUAAUUGUGUGUGUGUGUGUGUACACCCCUUAGUUUGCUGUGUUCUUAAUCAGUUGCUUUAGGAGGAAGUGACUCAUCAAAGAGCCUCACCGCACAAGAUGUAUCACUCUGUCAUCCGCAUCGUGGUGGUCACAUAUAUCAGCAAUGGAAGCGGAAAAGAAGAGAUUCUGUUUUUGUUUUCGCCUGUAAAAAUUCUUCAUCAUCUUGGCUGCGUUUCUCCCCCCCCCUCAAUAAGACUUACCAGUUGUGUUGUGAUUGUGGAGAAAAACGGCCGAAAGAGACAAACAUCUCGUGUACAUAAUGACACCCGUGUAUAUAUUAUAUAUACAUUAUAUUCCAGUAGUGAUCGCCUUUACCUUUUCUUUAUUAUUAUUAUAUUUUUUUUUUUUAUGUUCUUUUGCAGGCGUUGCUAACUGCACUGUGCUUGAAUCUGAAUUCUAAACAAGGAUGUACAGCUUCAUCAUCAUUAAAAAAA